UAUUAGAUGAUAUGUUCGGGUUGGAUGAAGGUGAGGACAUAGUCAAAGUAGUGAAGGGAUUGGCAAGAAUAUCAUUGGCACAGAUUACAAUAAAUCAUAAUGAUGAAGAUAGCAGAUCAAAUAAAAAAAAUUCUAAUCAAAAAAAACCAAUAGCUUUAGUAUAUACAAAACCUACAUCUGAUUGGACAAUUCUAAUUCCAACAAUGCAAGCUUUAGUAGCUUUAGUUCCUACAAGCAAUAGGAUAGUCAAAGAUAUUGACAUAAAGGGCGUAAAUUUCAAUAAUGUGGAUGAUUAUCAUGAAAUGGAUAUUGUG